AUGCCCAACGUCUUUGGCGUCCAAGUUUUCUUCAUUGUUUUCCGAGAAUGUCUCGAAGCAGUCAUUGUUGUGUCUGUCCUGCUUUCCUUUCUGAAGCAGUCCCUUGGCCAGCCUCAUCAAGACCAAGCUAUAUACAAACGGCUGGUCCGUCAAGUAUGGGCCGGCUCUUUAGUAGGCGUUCUCAUAGCCCUCAUUAUCGGCGGUGCCUUCAUCGGCGUCUUCUAUGGCUUGGGCCAUGAUCUUUGGUCCGAGUCGGAGGAUCUCUGGGAAGGGAUCUUUUAUCUGAUUGCCAGCAUCAUCAUUACCAUCAUGGGCCUUGCCAUUCUACGCAUCAACAAGACCAAGGAAAAGUGGCGGAUCAAGAUCGCUCAGGCCUUGGUUGCGAAGAGCAAGAAGGAGGGCAACAGGAACUGGCUCGGCGAUUGGGGCCGCCGGUAUACCAUGUUCCUUCUACCUCUCAUCACCACUCUGCGUGAGGGACUCGAGGCCGUCGUCUUCGUUGGUGGCGUCUCUCUUGGGCUACCCGCGACCGCAUUCCCAAUCCCCGUCGUCACCGGUCUCCUCGCAGGUCUCCUCGUGGGCUACGUGCUCUACCGCGGCGGCAACGCCAUGACCAUCCAGUACUUCCUUAUCGCGUCGACCUGCAUCCUCUAUCUUCUCGCCGCGGGCAUGUUCUCCAAGGCAGUCUGGAGCUUUCAGUUCUGGCAGUUCCAGGAGAAGGUCGGCGCCGACGUGGCCGAGGCAGGCGACGGCCCGGGCUCAUACAACAUCCGCGAGACCGUCUGGCACGUCAACUGCUGCAACCCGGAGAUCGACAAUGGAUGGGAUGUCUUCAACUCGUUGCUGGGCUGGCAAAACUCCGCCACCUACGGCUCCGUCAUCUCCUACAAUGUUUACUGGAUCGCCAUCAUGCUGGCCAUCUCAGGCAUGCUGUACGAGGAACGUAAGGGUUCGCUGCCCUUCCAGAAAGCCUUCCACAGAUCCUUCUUUUCCUUCGUCGGCAAAAUCCCCGGUCUCCGACGCUAUGCUGCUCGCAAACUCGAGGCGUCCAGCCAGAAUGCCGCUCACAUCGUCAGUCAAGUCGAUGCAGAUAUGCUGGCCCAUGGUGUUGCCCAGAGACCGUUGGCCGAGAAAUAG